AUGCUCAUUAGGGUAGAUUACGAUUUUUUAUUAAAGUUACAAAGUCUUAUAAUAGAUUGGUGUAUAGAUGGAGUUAUAUUGCGUAAUGUGUACAACCAAGCACUUGAUCAUCUAAAAAGCGAACGACCCGACCUUUCAGAUAAAUUUGUUAGAAGCCUUGGUCAUGGAAUUGGCACCGAGUUUCAUGAAUCUGCAUAUGUAUUAAAUUCAAAUAGCAAUAAGGUUUUUAAAAAUGGAAUGGUAUUGAAUCUAAUUGUUGGAUUUCAAAAUAUAACAAAUCCUAAAGCAAAAGAUGAUCAAACAAAAAACUAUUCCAUAUGGAUUAUUGAUACCGUCAAAAUUUCAGAUGAUACGUGUCAUUAUAUGACAGAUGGAAAUAGAAACCGUGAUGCUACCACUUUUUUCACUGAAGACAAAGAAGAUGAUGAGAAUAAAAAAUAUACUACCACUUUAUUCAAAGACGAAGAAAGUGAGGAUAAAGGUGAAGAUGAUAUUUUUAAUGAGACGAAAAGAGCAUCAAGCUGA